AUUUCUAGCGGAACUACAAGUUCAAGGACACCAUAGCGAAUUUCUCCAAGUCAUCUAUCAAUGACAAAUAUAGAAAAAAGUACCUCUGAUUCAAUCGACUGUCCACAUAAUGAUUAUGAUGAAGAUGUAAAACUAUGCUCUAUAGAGGCAAAAGCUGCUGUAACUGAAGUCGGAUUCGGUGUAAAAGAUAUAUGCCUAGCUUCUGAUUCUUUACCGUUCACCGACACACUGGCAUAUUUGAACUUAACUACACUAGAGGGUGAGAAGAUGUGUAUCGAAGUCAGUGCAAAAGGAUUUUGUCCUGUUGGUUCAUCUUAUAAUGAAAUUGGAAAACAACUGAGUGACAAGUCCAGUUCUAAUGUUCAAUCUGUUGAAUACAGUGAUUAUUAUGAAACAAUCUAUGCUUUGUUAUCUUCAAGAAGUCGAUUAUUUCGUGAUAGUUUCUCACAAAAGUUGAGUAGUCGAUUAAAGGAAUUGAACACAGAGCAAACAACAACUACAUCUGAUGUGAUUCAUUCCAAUAGCACUCAUGACAAUUUAUAGUAGACGAGAACAAUAGGACACAUUUGUAACAAUUCACGAUUACAUAUAAUACACUUUCUUAUUCGUUUUUUCACUUUACUUUUUCUCCCAUUGUAUUUUUUAAUGUGUUAUCACCUUGUUCAUAAUCAGGUGUAUUAACUUUUGAAGUUCUUUGUCAUUGCAUACGAGUUCUUUACAUACGCACUCACUGAGUAACUGUUGUGUAACUGCUGUGUUUAUGGCUGCAAGUUUUCUUUUCGUUUGCUGUUGUAUAUUUUAUGGUGGUUUUACACCUGUUCAGUGUGUAUCUGUUUGUUGAAUACUAUGGAACAGCAUAACCCCACCAUUGAUCUAAGAUCUUUUUCAUCUCUUCAAACAGAUUGUAAUCAAGAGUGAUUAUGGAUUCAUAACGAUGGAAAAAUAAUCAUUUAUUCAUGUCUAGUAUGGAUUCUUUUUAAAAUUGUUUAUUGUUACUGUUAUUAUAAUAACAAGUGAUAGCGUACUGAGUACUUCUUUUGGGCAUGUCUUCUUUCGAUUUGCAUAAUUAAACUAUUUUAACGUUAGCACACACAUACAU